CACCCGCCGAGGGAGGCGGGCGCAGCCGUGAAGGAGGGAGGAGCGGGUGGCCGGGCGCAGCCAAUUCGGGGGACUCGUCCAUUUUUCGGCGCUGCUGCGUGCGGAACUCCUCCGGGAAGCGGAAGGGAAGCACUGCCCGUGCCCCCAGCGGAGCUGCCCGCUUCUUGCGGAGCCUGGCAAGGAAGGACUGCAGUGGGAGCGUCUUGGCGUUUCGUGCUUCGUCAGCCCAGCAGUAUUUUGAUUCCGUCUUGCUCCUACUUGUUCCUGGAGAAGAGGUACUGUCCCGCCAUGUCUCGCUACAGCCUGCACAACCUUCUGGACUGGAUGUAUGGCGGGGUGGACCCCAGCUUUGCUGGCAAUGGAGGGCCGGAAUGCGCGGCCUUUCUCUCCGGCCAGCAGCGCUUGCUGGAGAGUGUGGUCUUCCUCAGUGUGGGCGCAGUGGAGAUCCUCGUGUCCCUGUGGAAGCUCAGGCAGCAGCAUGUCCAGGAGCUGGAGAAUCUGCUGCAGCAGCCGCAGACUAAGCAGGAGAGCCUGGGCAAGAAUGUGUUGUUGGUGCUGCUGUGCCUCAUCUUUGGUCUGGAGGUGGGGUUCAAGUUUGCCACCAGGACUGUAAUUUACCUCUUGAAUCCCUGCCACUUGGUGACCAUGAUGCAGAUUUUUCUUCUUGCCUGUCCCCCAUGUCAGACUGCAAUGAUUCUCUUCAGGUUGCAGAUGCAUAUGCUGAAUGGGGCCCUCUUAGCAUUGCUGUUUCCUGUUGUUAAUACACGCCUGCUUCCAUUUGAAACAGAGAUUUAUUAUAUCCAGCAUGUGAUGCUCUAUGUUGUGCCCAUCUAUCUGCUGCAGAAAGGAGGUGUCUACACCCCUGAACCACUCUGCAAUUUCUGGUGGGCUGUUUUAUCCACAGGGUUUAUGUUUGUGUAUCAUUUUAGCAUCUUGCAGAUCCUGGGAUUGGUUACAGAAGUGAAUUUGAACAACAUGUUGUGCCCAGCUAUCUCAGAUCCUUUUUAUGGGCCCUGGUACCGAAUCUGGGCAUCUGGACAUCAGACUGUCAUGACCAUGACUCAUGGGAAGCUCAUAAUCCUGCUGUUUCAGAGUGCUGUCCCCACCUUCAAAUGGAGCAUGGACUUGCUUAGACUCCCAGCUAAGAAACUAGACUGAAAUUUCUCCCCACAGAGUAGUUAAUACAGGAAGCAGAGAUACACUGGAAAACAGAGGGGGGAGGGGAGGACAAUGGCUUUAUACUUCUUCCCACAGUUUUUUGCCUCAAAAACAACUCUGCAAUGAAGUGAGGUUUUUUUUACCUGCUGUUUCUCACUGCCUAUUGCCAAUGGCAAAAUUCGUGGCCUUAUUCUGGGGAAGGUUUGUGUUUUAUACAUUUUGUAUAGAUUACAGUAGAAUCUUGGUAAGCCACCAUUUAAAAUUAGGCCAGGACCUGUGCACAUUCCAGCAAAGAGAGUGGCAGUGCUACCUCAUUUUGACUCAUUUUGCAUUAAAGAAUAUUACACUUCUAGGAUAGGAAAUAAUGCUGAAUUAUUUAUUAGAACUCCACUGAUGUGAAUCAACAUGCUGAACUGCAUCACUGUGGCUUAACUCUUAAAGCUUGAAUGUUCCAAAAUGGUCACAGGAAACUGUGCAUACUUAAUCUUCCAGUCAGAUGUGCAAAACGGUGAGGUUCUACUGUAUUUUCUUUAAACUGGUUGAAAAUGUUGGGGAACAAUAACUCAUUAAAAAAAAAUUAAUCAACUACUUAAUUUCUAAGCUGCAGUACCUACCUAGUGAAGUCCCAUCAUUAUGUUUUAGAGAUGCUAUUUUGGUGAGGGGAAAAAUAGAAUGUUGCAAUAAUUUCAAAAGACCAUGUUAUGUAUAGGCCAUAAUAAGCUACUGCAUCCACAGUUCUGUCCUGACUUUGAACAAAACGUUUUUUUCACUUACCUUAGAUUGGAGAAGGAGUGGAGAUACAAAGUCCAAUGUAAAUAUCAAAGCCUUUUUAUACUUAGUAGCUUUUGAAACAUUCCUGUUCUGUCUAUGCUGACUCUUACUCACCAGACUGGUUGGUGAAGAAACCAAAUGAAAUUGUUCUCCCCGCCCCUACAGUUCUGCUAUAUCAUGUGUACUGAUUUUAAAAUACAGGUAUAAAAAGGAGUGUCAAAUCAGUGUAGAGAACUGCAAAGAACACGUUCCAGUUUAGUAGCAUGACCCAUCAACCUGUCUUUUGGAGAACCAGGAUGUAGAUGGGCAGAAUGAUCAACUGCGUGUACCUGCUCAAAUUUUGCAGAAGGGGAAACCAUUGGGCAGAAAGAUGGGAAAUCCUGAUUGUGUUCUUACAGAAUUGUGAGUCCAUUAUGCAGACUGUUGUGUUUCAGGGUUGCAGGUUUUUGUUAUACAUAAGUUUGUUGGAAUUUAUAGAUUCAUUGUGUUGUCAAAGCUGUGACUUGUAAGAUAAAUCACGGCCAUCAUACCUCCUCCAGCUAGAUCACCUGAAGGUAUGUGCUGAAGGUACAGAUGCUUACACCUCAGGAAGCAAAAGUAAAUUGACUUUUUUUUUUCCUUAAAAAAGAAAAAAAUUUCUUUGGUGAGGGAACAAACUAUUCAAGUAUUUCUACUCCAUAUGGUUUAAAAAAGUACACCUCAAUCACAUAUACAUUGUCCUGUAUUCUGACUUACAGACUGGUUUCUGGCUUUUUUCCUUGCUUUGCUGUAUGUGUGUAUAUAUCUAUCUAUCUAUCUAUCUAUCUAUAUAUAUAUAGAUAUAUCUAUCUAUCUAUCUAUCUACAUAUAUAUAUAUAUACACACACACACUGUAUGCUCACAACUUGAGAAUAUGCAGCAUGUACCUAAACUAUCCCUCAGGUACAUACAGCUGGUGUUACUAUUACAAUAGAAGGACUUAAGACAAAUUUUGCAAAUACUAUUUAGCAUUAUUAUUUGCUUUAUUUGCUUAAGUUAUGUUUUUUUUUGUUUUGUUUUUUUUUUUUAAUUUGCCAUUUUUUAAAAACAUCUCCCUUUUUUCCCCCCCAUCAGGAUAUUGUAGUUGCUGGAAACACUUCUCCUAAGCAGGAGCCUUUUCUUUUUUCCUCUUUUAAAGUUAUAGCAUUUCCUAUCUGUAGUCAUCUGCUUCAGGGCAUUCCAAACAAGUAUAAAGCAGCUACUGUUUGCCACCAUUAACUGCCUCUGGUCAAUUAAAUGAGUUCAGAUGUUUCUCAGUGCAGGGUCUUUGCUUGGAAAGCAGAAUUUUUAAGCUCUUCUGGCUCACUUAAAAUUCAGUAGCAGGAAUGUGAACAGAGCUAUCCCUGGGCAGUGGAAAGGGAUUCCUGAUGCAGAACUGCUGGGAGUGCUUGCCCCUGCCCUCCCUUGCUUCUGGGCUACCUGUGCUUUUCCUUCUUAUGCUGCUCCAGUUGUUUUGAGUCAGAGAGAAAUUCAAAGUGUAAUUUCACCAUAUGGAGUUUGCUGAUGGAGCUGCUCAUCAGAGCCAGUGGGGCAUUUGCACUAUCCUUCUAAACCUUAUGUGUGGGCAUGUUCUGGAGCUUGUUGACUCUUUCGUAUCAAUUUAAGCCAUGAAAAUGUGUCACUGAGAAAGGCAAAAGAAGUAGAGGUACCAACUACUGCACUCAGGAUUUUAGAAGUAUUGGAGCUACAGUGAAGAAACCAAAUGGUGCAGCUGGAGACAGGUGGGAAUGUUGGCAGUGCAACCUUCACAUUUUUAACAUCAGCUGUUGCUUCUUUGUUGUGCAGUAUUAGUGAAGCUGGUUGAGUUAGAACAGAUUCAUUUAGUUUGGAGAAAACCUAUGAGUUCAUCAAGCAAAGCAUUAACCCACCACUGCCAAGCCCACCACUAACCUCAUUCCCAAGUGCCACACCUACAUGUCUUUUAAAUUCCUCCAGGGUUUGUGACUCCACCACUUCCCUGGGCAGCCUGUUCAAGGCUUGAUAACCCUUCUGGUGAAGAAAUUUUUCGCAAAAUCCAAUUUAAAGGUGCCACUUGAAGCUGUUGUCUCUUGUCAUGUUGCUUAUUUUCUGGGAGAAGAGGCUGACUCCUGUCUUCUUUGCAGGCAGUUGCAGAGUGGCAAGGUCCACAGUGUCUGAGGUAGAUCUAUUUCUUUACCUUCUUCUUUUAAGCACUUUAGGAGAAUUUGCAUCUUGUUUCUUUUGAAGGGUGCAAACGAAUAGCUUUUGCCCAUGUGUUUAUAAAUUGAUGAAAACUAGAUGAAUAUGCACCUGGGCCUGGUUUUGGUUCAGCUUCUUAGUUCAAAGAUGCUGCCCAUAAGCAAAGCUUAUAUGUGCUUGAGCAGCUGCUGCCUUGGUGAGCCUGGGAAACAGGAACAGUCAUUCCAUUUGCAGUCCAGUAAAACCUUGAGGUCAGAGAGUACCUAACUGUAGGUUUCUGUUUCUGGCCACAGAGUUGUGAUAUUUCUGUAUAUUUGAGAUAAUUUUAAAAGUUCAAUUGUAUUUUUUCAAAAAUGGCUAUUUGCAUCUGUUAACUGACUGUACUUUCAUGUCUAAGUCUUGGAUAUGGAUCUAUGCAUCCAUAGCUAAAGAGUUGUGGUAUUUUCUUCAGUGUUGUAAUUGUUUCACUCUUGGCGGAUUAGGAAUCAAAUUCGUCCUUAUAGUUAACAAAGCUCUAAAAAAGCCAAAACCCAGGAAAACGGUGUAUGUCAGUGUGUCAAGUUGAUGUGGCCAGAAAUGUGUAUUCUAUCACCAUCUGUUGAAGCCGAGUGGGGCAGUGAUUCCUUACCUCUGUAGCACAUAUUAUCUGCUAAUGGCCCAUCUUUAAGACUAGGUGGGGCAAACAUCUUUAUCUUUUCCACAACCCAUCCUCCCUCCAGGAAGAUAUCAUCUGCUGCUGAGCCAUUAAGACACACUGUAUGACUGAUAAAAUUACAUCAUCCUAUUGGGAGAUGCUCCAGUCAGGGGGAAGAGCCAAGCCUUUCCUACCUAGAUAAAAUCAGAUUUUGGACACCAAGAUACCUUUCUUUCCACUGAAUUCCAAAGGAAAACCAAACCUUUCCACAUCAUCCCUGAACCUUCAAAAAAAAAAAAAAACCCUGCACCCUUCGAUAGGACCACUGCUUCAGCUGAACCAAGUCUGCCACUGCAAAAAACUGUAGCCACCAUUUAAUCGAAGUGCUACCAAUUGACUGGCAGGGUGUCAAGUUGUAUUCUGACUCUGUCAGUGUUUUUUGGGAUUGUUCUUUAUAAUAUUGUAUUUCUAUUUUAAUUUUCCUAGUAAAGAACUGUUAUUCCUAAUUCCCAUAUCUUUACCUAAAAGCCGCUUAAUUUCAAAAUUAUAAUAAUUUAGAGAGAGGGAGUUACAUUCUCCAUUUCAAAGAGAAGCUUCUGCCUUUAUUGGCAGACACCUAUCCUUCAAACCAAGACAGCCCUGGUGGGAGGUUUCUGCAGGCAGACAGGUCAGCUUUGGUGUUUUCAGUUCUACAGUGACAGGACUCAUAACAAAUAUGUUGAUUUUUGUGAUCUCGUACUUCAAGUGAUACUGCUGUAAAUCUCUCUUGCAGCUGUUGGUGUAAUUUAGUCAAAGCCAAGAUGUUUUAUAAAUAAUUUUAUUUUUCUUCAGGGUCAGUUUUGUACUUUAAAAAACUAUUUAUGCAUUUCCUGAGUCAUUAUUCCAAUGCUGCAGAGGACACAGCAGGCAGAGCAGUGAGCACAUGCUGCUGUCCCUGACCACACUGUGCCAGGGGCUGGGCUGGAGCACUGAGGGGCUGCAGGAACCUGCAGGGCAGCUUACCCCACACUCUAGUCCCAGCAUGGCAGGGACAUAAAUGAGUUGGCAAGGGCAAGGAUGGAUGUGGACAGGCUCAACUGCCACAUAUGCUGUUAGUUCUGAAUAAUUUGUAAGAGUGUUAUAAAUUUUGUAAACUUUUUAAUGUGCUAAACUUUGGUUAUGAGGUAACAUUUAUAAAUAAGGGGUAAUUUGUGUACUUGUUUUCAUAUUUUGCUCUGGUAGGCUUUUUUGUUGUUGUGCCCUAAGGCAAGAUCAUUGGACAAACAGUUGUUAAACCUUGGCAUUAAAACAAAUAAAUGCAUUUUACUGAA